AUGUCGAUAAACGAGGAUGAGGUUUUGCGUCGUGUCGAGGCCCAACCUGAAGAAUUUGUCAACUGGUCCAGAGCCGACAUGGUCGAUCAGUUCCUUACAGAUGCUGUUUUGGCUGCUAUACGAAAGGCCAGACCGGGAAGCACCAUCGACGCUGCAAUGGACAUCUUGAACGAUAUGAGGCGUCAAAUCUACAACGAGAACCUCAGCUCUCGCAUCCGCGUCCUAGGCAAGUCAUUUGUCCAGUUCCAAAUGUUUAUGCGAGCUUGUGAGCUCUUCCAAGUUCGUUGCCUGGAUCUGGCCGAGAGGCGCUGUCCAGCUCAGAGGACUAGCCCUGCCAAUCUUGUCUAUAGUACAAUGUAUUGGAAGGCAAGUUUGGUUGAAGAGGCCGCGUUGGUUGCCAGGAUGAAGGCAAUGAUAUCGGAGGCAGAAGCCAGGAAAGCAAAGACACCUCGACAGGAGGUCAAGAAGCGUAGCGCUCCUGAGCCAAUGUCCAACGACAAUAAGCGUCGUUCACUUGAUCCGCUGGCUACACAUCGAUUCGGCACCAACAAUGUCGCCGGUUCGUCAACCGCGGAACAGUCAAAACCGGUCAAAAGCACUCAUUCUUUGAUGCCAGCACGCGUGGUCGAAGUUGGACCAUCCGACACUCCAGCACCAGAGCCUGCCCGUGUUGAACACACGGCUGAACAUAAGGGCAAAGGCAAUGCAAACGCUGGGAUGUCUGUCGAUCGGCUUUGGGUUGAGAGAAUGGGCACUACGUCAAAGCCAGGGUGGCCAGCAUGGCCUGGGUUCCCGCACCAUGAAUGCGGACCCUUUGACAUCCCCAUCCACCCUGAUCGUGACUGGGAUAUCUGUUUUGGGGCUGCCGAUGUUGGCCAGUAUGUUGGUCCCGAAAUGGAGAUUGUCUGUGUGGAUAUUGGUCAGGGUUGCCGAAAGCUGGUUGUGCGGCUAGGGGGAGCAGCAUCCUGCCACUCCAUUCCACAAGCGACAACUUGUAAGUUGCUGGGCAGCGCUGGUUGA